UCAUUUCACCUCACAGGACUCAAAGUUUGUCCCUGUUCACGAGGCCGGUGUCAAGUCCCUCCAUCUACAAUGGAUUCAACAACACUGGUCUAUGCAGAUUUAAACCUAGCCAGGAUCCAAGAACCUAAGCAUGAUUCACCUCCAUCUCUUUCCCCAGACACCUGUCGGUGCCCUCGCUGGCAUCGGUUGGCUCUGAAAUUUGGCUGUGCUGGCCUCAUCCUUCUUGUGCUGGUCGUGAUUGGACUCUGUGUCUUGGUGCUAUCAGUACAAAAAUCAUCAGUACAAAAAAUCUGCGCGGAUGUUCAAGAGAACAGAACACAUACAACAGGUUGUUCAGCUAAGCUAGAGUGCCCACAAGACUGGCUUUCACACCGAGAUAAGUGCUUUCACGUUUCUCAAGUUUCCAACACUUGGAAGGAAUGUCGAAUUGAUUGUGAUAAAAAAGGAGCCACUUUGCUGCUCAUUCAAGACCAAGAAGAACUGAGAUUCCUACUGGACUCAAUAAAGGAAAAAUACAAUUCAUUUUGGAUUGGACUAAGUUACACAUUAACAGACAUGAACUGGAAGUGGAUAAAUGGCACAGCUUUCAAUUCUGAUGUACUAAAAAUCACUGGUGUCACUGAAAAUGGCAGCUGUGCCGCCAUCUCAGGAGAAAAAGUGACUUCUGAGGGCUGUUCUUCAGACAACCGUUGGAUCUGCCAAAAGGAACUAAACCAUGAAACCCCGUGUAAUGACUCCUGACUGCGAAUCCCAUCCUGAUUACUUUACCAUCCGCACCAGAUCUCUGCACCUAACCUGUCUCUGCUGUCUGCCUCCCAGUGCAGUUAGUGGCACAGCACAUGGACUCUGAAAACACUGGGAUUCUUAAAGGUUCUUCAUUGUAUAAAUGGAAGUGUACACAGACACAGAUGUGCCGUUCUAAGAGGAGUUCUGUGGAAAGAAGCCCUGGUAGCUGAGGGGCACCUGAUUUUAAUCCUUGAGUCUGUGUGACCUUUGCUGGUCUCUGUCCCUGAGGUCACCUGCAGACAGCCUCGGAAGACUAUUGGGGAAAUCUCCAUCUCUCCUCUGUCCCCUACUAGCCACCACACUGAGGAAUAGAAUAUUGACUAAUGCCUUUGCUCUCAAAUGACACCAGAAGCCCAGGGUUAGGGGAUUUGGGGGAGAGACUGACAGGUUUAAAUAGCACCCACAUAUCCUGGGUAAACUGAGCUCUGGGCACGUGAUGCCUCUACCAGGCCAUGAUGUACCAGCAGACCCUGAGCCAAGGCUGGCACCUUGGGGCUAGGCUUCUCAGCUCCAUUACUGGCAGAGAGGGCCUUCUUUUCUUUGAAAGGUUUUGGUUUAUGUGACAGAAAAGCAAACUAAGGUAACUUACCUCUUCCUGCCGUCCUUUUUGCUCUAGUUUGCUUCACAGUUCUUCUUUCCAUGAUUGGGGAAAAUUAAGCUUUAAAAAGAUACAUCUUUUGAAUGUCCCCUUUUCUAAAAAUUUGCCAAACUUUCCAUGAAAAUAAAAGGAGUAUGAAUAUUGAAUUUACUUUAUAAGGAGACCUAAAAUGUCUUUAAAAAAUGGGCUUCUACAAGUUCUUAUCAUUCCAUUUCAAAUUGAAUUACUUAAACUGAAGUACAUGAUAUCAUGAUUCCAAUGAAUUCUCCACUUCUAUUUGCCAGGAACAAAGAGUUUUAAUAUUUGAUAAUAAUGACUUUCAAUACACUGACACUCAAAGAAUUAAUUCAUUUUGUGAAAAUUCCUAGAAAUCAAUUUACCUAAGGAAAAACUUCAGAGAAAAGCAGCGCUAGAAAUCAAUCCUUAACAACAGUGGUGUUUUAGGAGCCUAUAACUGUUAAGUGCAUGGAGCAUGCAGCUAAGCAGAUAUGAGCAGGAGGGAUCCCAUGUAAGAAAGUAAGACACCAGAGGACUUUCUCAGUGGCCAUAUAUGCUACCAAUGAAUAUGCUGAUGAGAAGGGAAGGCACAGCUGUGGGGACAUCUUGGUCCUGAAUCAAUGUCAGCAGAGUAGAUAAAUGAAGCUGUCUCCCAAAGGCAGGAACUUGACAUUGACAUAGGAGAGAGGAACCCAAAAGACAUUUUUUUAAAAUCCACCAUCUAGAUCCCCGAGGGCUGCCACCCACCUCCAGACCAGCCUGCUCCAGUAUUCUUCUGGAGUUUGUUAUGAAUUCUUUUGCUUUGCUAAAUAAACAUGGGCUCUAUCAGUG